AUUGUAUUAGUAUUUAACAAUAGUUGUUGUUUGUGAUUUGUUAUAGUGAAAAAUAAUUUUUCCAUAUAAAACUUCUUUGCAUAGAUUCAGGUAUUGAACCAUGAUAGUUUUUAUUUAUAAAGUAGAUGGAUGAGUAUUUUCAAAUCGUAUGAAAACGGUCAGAACAUGACAGAAGAAACAAAAAAGUUUCCCAUUAACAUGUUAACGGCAGAAGAGUUGUUAAAGAAUAGAGGUAUAAAGUACCAUGCUUGGGAUGAAUAUGAAAAAUCAAUUAAAACCCUCCCAAAGACUGGAAUGAAACAGUUUGAACCAAAUGAUUCUUGGUUACAAAAUAUGCAACUGGAGAAGGGUAUUACAACUCGUAAAAAUUUAAUAGCUGUGGAAAGAGUAAACCGUAUUUCUCAAUUAGCUAAUGCUGAAUGGUUACCUGCACAAAAAAAGGCUAAAGUAAAAAAAUAUUCUGGUCAAGAUUGGGGCAAUUUUGGUUUGGAAAAGAAUGGUGUCUUAUAUUUAAUACCAGAAGAAGCAUUAUUUCUUUUAGAAACUAACUGUUUGGAACUUACAUGGAAUGAUGUACCAUUAUCCAUUCAACAAGCUUACGACCUCCUAAUUGAUAAUGUUGAAUGUUCAUUGGAAGAAUAUAGAGUUUAUAGUCAGUUAGUACGUCAUGGUUAUCAUAUACAGCGUUUUAUUUAUAAUUCUGAAAGGAAUACAAAAUAUGAUGAAAGUAUUAAUACAAAACGUAAAGUUAUCAUUGAACCUGAAAAUGGUCUUUGGAUGAUUGAUUCUCAAGAACAUAACAAAGAUACGGAUAACAGUAAAUCUGUUGAAUGUGUAAAAAAAACUAAUACAAACGUUAUUAAUUCUUCCAUAGAAGUGUCUGAAAAUAUAACAGAACAGAGUGAUAUAACAAAUGAUGUAUAUGAAGUUCUAGAUAAUCUCCUUAGUGCAGUAGAAGAUGUUGAAGUUCAAUCUAAAAGUAUCGAAUGCGAAAGUAAUGUAGAAAAUUGUAGAAAAUUGAAUACGAAUCUAAAAACUAUGAAUACAAAUGAAACUAAAAAAAAGAACAAUACUAAAGUAGAAAUUAUAUCGGAUGAAACUUUAUUAGGUAGUGUAAAAAUUGUUAUAGAUCCUAAAAAUGAUUAUAUCAAGGAAGAUAAAACGUCAUGGCGAGCGUCGCGUAUACAGCGAAAUGUUAAAUUAUUACCGAAAAGAGCAGACAAAGUAUUGUCAACUUCUGAUAUUUCUAUAAUCGAUUCUAAUAAUAUUAAAAAUGUGGACCAUUGUUUAGGAAAACACAAAUCAUCUUCGUUACUAAAUGAGAAUUCACAAAUUAAAAAAUCAAAACAGGAGAUCAUAGAGCUUUCUGACGACGAGAUUCAAGAAGUUCCAAAACCUAUGACACGAAUGGAAAUAUUGAAUUUAAUUCCAAAUAUAGCGUUACAAUUCACGGUUGCAAUAAAGAUUUCGAGAGGUUACAUACCACACAGCAUAAAACCUCAUAAAACUGUUUAUAAUUAUGAAAGUGUAAAGUUAAGAAACUUGCAACAAACAGAUAAAAAAUUGCGAUCUAAGAAAAAUAUAGAACAUUCAAAUAUAAAUCAAAAGACAGUUCAAUGUUAUAAUUCUUCCAUAAAUAAUAUUCCUAGAAGAAAUACAAACAUGCAAUUUAAUGAAAAUUUAACAUCUAGUAUACAGAAUGUUUUUAUGCAGAACUAUUUUUCUAUGCAACAAGGACAACAUACAAACUUCAAUCCUAAUUAUGGAUGUAUUAAUAGAGUGCCAUACGUGUACAAUCAAAAUUCAUAUUGGCACCAUAGAAAUACCAUGUUUCAAAAUAUGUUUGUUACCGUCGAAAAUCAUAGCACUGCUGUACAUCAAAACAGAUUUAUGUCAGUACAAAUGAAUAAUUUUUUAAUACCGAAUAUUACUAAUAACACAAUAAGAAGUUCUGUUACUCGAAACCAACUUCAUCAUAAUUUUUAUCACAAUUUCUUACCAUUAAGAAAAUUAUACCAUCAUAAAAUUAUAGAAAAUAUGUCAUUCCAUUGCAGUGUAGGUAGAAACGUAUUCUCGGCACCUCGUCAAAGGUACUGGCCAAGAAACUAUCAAAGAGGCUCAAACAUGGUAGCAAAAUAUAAUAAUGAAGUCUAUCAAUCAUCAUUUAAAGUACUACCAGGAGCAUCUUCGUGGUCAGAGUUAAAAACUAAAUGGCGUGAAGAAAAAACGAUUACCAUCGAUGAUGAGGAUAUAGAAAAAGAUAAGACUGAAGAUGGUAAUGAAGUACAAAUAGUUGAACAAAUACGCAGUCCACUUAUUGGACCAAAGAAUGGAAACAGUCUUGAAGAGGUUUUCAAUAAGCUUAAAAUAGUCAAAUCCGCGCCUGAAAAAACUGUAAGAAGAAAAAAAAAUAAAUACAAAAUAUCGUAUAAUGUUUAUUCUAACACACAGAAUUAUAGAAAAGCAAAUCCUGGAUUUCCAAUUUAUCGGAUAGUGGUAGUAAGGCAAGACGAUUCAUUUAUACAACCAAUCGAAUUACAUCGCCUGUUACAAGACGCAGAAAAUUCACCAAUAGUAUUGGCAUGUGUUUCAAUGUCAAUUUCAUAUCUUCAACCGGGAUUUGUAUCUGUACAUAAUUUAACAUAAUUAAAAUAGCAAUAUUUAAUUAA